CAGGUGGACAGGGGGGUCUAUUUUAACAAGCCAUUCACAUGAUACUCUGAACACGUAAAUCUUUCAGUAAUAGCCAUAAAGUGCUUUUCCUUUUCUCGACACAUCGCUGCCCUGUCUGAUUUCCCUUCAACGCCAAGGCAUAAUAAGCUGCAGCAAUGUCAGAGGGACCCAGAAAGAGAAAAUUUGCUGCUACCCGCCGGCUGCUUUUGAAAUCCAAACUGCUGAAAAAGGCAGCUGCUAUGCUGGUGGCAGAAGGCGAAGAGAAAAAAAGAGAGAAAGAAAGGGUUGUGAAUGAGUCCUACCCUCCGCUGCAGCUGUCAGGUCUGUCAGUCCAGGAUCUCCAGGAACUUUGCAAAGAAUUACACAAUAAAAUUGAUGUUGCAGAUGAAGCACGUUAUGAUAUGGAGGUUAAAGUAGGCAAAAAUGAGAAAGAGAUUCUGUCACUCAGUCAGAAGAUCAUUGAGCUAAAGGGGAUAAAGAGGCCCAACUUGAAAAGGGUCAAGAAAACAACAGACGAUAUGCUGGGAGCGUACACUGACAACUCCAGACUAAUGAAGGCUGAUUUCAAGGCCAACCUUAAGACAGUAAAGAAAGAAGAUGAAAAGAGGGAAGAAGUGACGGACUGGCGGAAGAACGUGGAAGCCAUGUCUGGCAUGGAGGGCAGAAAGAAGAUGUUUAAUGCUGGACAAUAAGGGGGGGGGGAAGCUAGAAUAGCAACACAUUAUCCUUAUAAAGUAAACAAUGUUUGCAAUGGUUGAGUUGAAGGUUUUUGUUAAAUUAUUGAAUCCCUUUUAUCCAUAUUUCUGAAUUUUUGUCAAAUUCAAGAAAGUUUUCAGUUUUUGAGCAAAUUUAAACUUUUCAUCACAACUUAAUGUAGACCUCUAAGA